GAAGGCAAAGCGGCGUGACGGCGGCGCACUCGGGUCUUAAACGUCUCCUGGUCAUGAUCGGCCCUAGACGGCGGGAAGGGAGGGCAAAGAGAGCCCCCUGGCCUCCCUGCCUGAGCCGAUGGGAGCAGACGGGGAGGGCCGGCGUGCAGGCGUAGCUUACGGUUACUGCCGUCAGUUCAUGUGCUUAGGCUUCUUCUGUCUCCAUUCUUAACAUUUCUGACCAGUUGUCUCUGCCUGGGAAAGUUAUCAGCUGAGGAGCUGGCAUGAGGAGUCUGACGCCAGAGCAUGGCUGGUAUUCCCAAGGAAGGAAGGAAGGAAGGAAGCCACACGGCACUGCACGGUGAGAGACCCUUUGUAGGGAAUGUCUGCGGGACAGCCUCCCCGGAUGUUGGUGGGAGAGGAAAAAACACAAAAAGGUUUUCAGAACCCAAGGCAAAGGCAGUGGAUGUGGACUCUGCAAGCGGUAUGGAAGGACUAUUUGCAGCUGGCAAAAGUGGUGGAAGAGAUCCGGAGGGGCGAAGACGAGCGAAGAAGCGAGGAGGCGCCGGAGCUCUGCUUCGCUCCUGCUCAGCCAGCAUCUGCCGCCCCCGCCCCAGCGCAGGAGCUGCCGGAGGGGCCUUCCCGGGGAGAGGAGGGGGCGGCCGAGGAAGAAGGCGCCGUCUGCUCGUUUUGCAAGCACAACGGGGAAUCGAGAAACAUCUACACCUCGCACAAGCUCAAGGACGCCGCCGGGAGGGUGCAGUGUCCCAUUUUAAGAAAUUACGUCUGUCCUCAGUGCGGAGCUUCGAAGGAUCUGGCCCACACGAAGCGAUUCUGCCCCUUAACCAAAAAAGGCUACACCUCCGUCUACACCAGCUGCUCCAGGAACUCUGCUGGCAAAAGGAGAGAAAGGUUUAAUGGCAACAAGAAUGUAUAACUGCCGUGAUUCUGACCUAAUCGCACCUUAACAUCUCUGCCACAAAUGUGCCAGAGUACGCACAUUUCCUGAAGUUUGGGAAGACUGUAGUUUUAAUGAUUUAACCGAAUGAAAUGCAGGAACCAAUCUAAAUAUUCAGAAGCAAUCCAGAGAAAACAUGAGAAGGGGUGGGAGAAAGAGAAAGGCCUGGAUGACAGAUUUUACAGGCAGCAUAUAAAAUGAUGUAUGGCAAUGAAUUCUCCCAACAAAUAACACAAUUAAGUCUACAACAUGUUUUUUUUCACCCAGAUGCUCUUCCUGCUUGGACAAUUUUGCACUGAUGUUUAGCUAAGGGUGCUUCCCUCAACGUUUACAGUAAAGGUCUCCCCCAAGAGACAGACAGUAUCCCAAAUUACCAAUCCCAAGCCUAUCUCUGUUUACAAUUUCUGUAUGUACACUUCUUGAAGUGAUUUUUGUCUUCCACGUUUAUAAGUUAUGUAUGCUUGUUUUAAAAGCAAUUUUUGUUGCCUGUGUUUAUAAGUUAUUUUUGUUACCCAUGUUUAUAAGUUAUUUAUUUAUGCUUGGUUUUUUUGGUCAAGUUUUUUGUUGUUAAUUUAUAUGGUUGAUGGCGUUUUUGUCAUGCAAAUAUUACAGAAUGUUUAUUUUCAAUCUAAGCAAAAAAUGUCACUUUCAUUCUUCCAAACAUUUCACAACUGAAUCCUUGAUAAGGAAUUUUUAUUGGACAAGAAA